AUGGUUUUCUUACCAUCAGAUUGUAAUACGUUUUCACACAUCCAAUUUUCAUUAUCGUUAGUGUCAAGAAGGGAGGAAAAGUUCCACGAGGCUGCAAGAGUCAAUGACACAGAUUCUAUCCGGGCUUUGCUCAAAGAGAAAGUCAACAUCAACUGUAGGAACAGUCUUGACAGAACAGCUCUACAUUGGGCUUCAGCAAAUGGAAACCUAGAAGCAACAGAAAUCCUGAUAGGUCAUGGGGCUGAUCUUGAAGCAAAAGAUAAGUAUGGCAUGAGAGCGGUUCUUUGGGCAGCAUGGUUUGGACAUGUCUCUGUACUGAAAGCGUUGAUCAAUGCCGGUGCGAACACCAGGGUAACCAACAAGCAAGGCUUGGGUAUCUUGCACUGUGCUGCAGAAAACAAUCAUGUAUCUGUGAUAUCCUUUAUAGUUGAAGCCUUGGAGAACUAUGAUGUCAACCUAAAAGAUAAGAAUGAGAGAACACCGCUUCAUUCGGCUGCUGAGGGUGGACAUGUGGCGGCUGUUAACAGGCUUCUAGAGGCGAAAGCAGAUGUACACAGGAAAGACAAGGCUGGAAUGACGGCCGUGCAUGCAGCUGUCAAGUGCGGCCACGUAGAGGUGCUGAAAGCUUUGCUGCUGCAGGGGGUCGAGGUGGACGACCGAGAUGUGGAUGGCAAAACAGCCCUACACUUGGCAGCAGAGGGCGGUCACAAGGAAGCUGUUGAUUUGUUGCUGGAUUACACGGCCAAUCCAAACUCGGAGACAAUCAAAGAAGUUACACCUCUUCAUUUGGCAGCACAAGAGGGUCAUGUAGAGGUCUGCAGAAGUUUAGUCAAAUAUGGCUUGAAUGUCAAUGCUCAAAACUCUCAAGGAAAUUCAGCUCUGCAUAUAGCAGCCAAUGGCAAUUAUAAGGAAGUUGCCAGGAUUUUGAUUGACGCCAAAUGUGUGCUGGAUCUCCCUAACAAUAGAAUGCAAACUCCUCUCCAUAUUGCUGUGGAAAAUGGACAUUUGGAUGUUGUUGAAGUACUGCUGGCUGGGGGAGCAAGCCUUGAUACCAGAGAGAAGUCUGGUAAAAGCGCCUUGCAACUUGCAGCCAGAGGCAACUACGUUGCUGUUGUUGAUAUGCUAAUCAAAGCGGAACGAUAUUAUGCAAAUGCUAGAGAAUAUCAUGAUAAAGACGUCGGUUACGUCGACCCAGACACCUACCUCAGGAACCCCCAACAUCCCCAUGCUGCACAAAUGAAGGAUGUUUUAUGGAAACUCGCAACAAAACAACUGAAACCCAACGACUGGAAAAAAUUGGCCUAUCACUGGCGGUUUACGCCAGAUCAUGUCAAGGCCAUAGAGCAAGAAUACACAGGUACAACCAGUUACAAAGAACACAGUUACAGAUUGCUCAACAUCUGGUUACAUGGAGUCAGGAAAGACGAGAAUCUACUUAAGCUGCUCUUUGAGGCCUUGGUUGCUAUUGAUAGAAAACAUCUUGCAGAAAGUGUCAGAAGAAAAGUCAACCUCCAAGCAGAGAAACCAUGUUCUCCUUCAGUUUGUGCAGUGUCCUGA